AUGGAUAAGUUUGUAAAGACCGUUGGUUCUUCUAAUCAAGAGUUAGAUGACUUAGAUGAACAAGAUGUUGAACAUCCAAAUAUGAGUGAAGAUAAUGAAAAAAUUGAUGGUGUGAAUGAACAUGAGGUCCCCAAUAAUACUGAAAAUGUAUCCGUUGAUGAACAAUCAAUUCCGUUUUUUGAUAUUUGUGAUCCAAGAAAUUGGGAUAAUCUUGAUACUAAAUCAAGAGACAUCCUAGUUGAAAAAGGACCCAUUAGAGAAUUGGGUAUCGUGUUUCCUUUAGAUAACAUGUCUAGACAUUUUUCAUAUGCUUAUUAUGAUAGAAAGUUAAGUAAUGGUGAAACUAGKGAUCGAAAAUGGUUAAUUUAUUCAAAAUUUGAGGAUAAAGUGUAUURUUUUUGUUGUAAGUUGUUCAAGUCUAAGAAUUAUAGAAAUGCAAUAGCUAACGAAGGAUUUAGAGAUUGGAAGCAUCUUGGUGAGAGACUUAAAGAACAUGAGAAUAGUAUUGAACAUAUGAAUAACAUGUUAUCUUGGAAUGAACUAAGAGUAAGACUGAACACAAACCAAACAAUCGAUAAAGACUUACAACAAGAGAUUUUAAAAGAGAAAGAACGUUGGAGGCAAGUUUUAGUAAGAAUAAUUGUCGUUGUGAACAAUGGUAAUUUUUUGGGAUUAAUUGAAAUGAUUGGAGAAUUUGAUGUGAUAAUUCAAGAUCAUAUCAGACGCAUUCAAAAUCAUGAAGUUCAUUAUCACUAUCUUGGCCCUAGAAUKCAAAAUGAGUUAAUUUCUCUUUUGGCUCUUAAAUCUCUCGAUCUUAGUGUUGAUGAUGUGAGGGGUCAAGGUUAUGAUAAUGGUUCUAACAUGAAGGGAAAACACCAAGGGGUACAAAAUCGAUUACUUGAAGUUAAUCCAAAAGHGUUAUAUAUGHCAUGUGCUUGUCAUAGCCUUAAUCUUACUCUUAGUGAUAUGGCUCAUUCUUGUGUUAAAGCUGUUUCAUUUUUUGGAAUUGUUCAACGCAUUUACACAUUAUUUGCUAGUUCUACAAAAAGGUGGAAGGUGUUACUUGAUAAUGUGUCAAACUUAACUGUAAAAUCUUUAUGUAAUACACGUUGGGAAAGUAAAAUAAAAAGUGUCAAGGCAAUUAGAUUUCAAGCUCCUCAAAUAAGAUCGACUUUGCUUGAAUUAUGCAAAUCAUGUGAUGAUGCCAAAACGAAAAGUGAAGCGGAAAGUUUGGUAAGUGCAAUUGAAAAUUUUGAGUUUUUACUUGGCAUGAUUGUUUGGUAUGAUGUUUUAUUUGCAAUAAACGUGGUUAGUAAAAGGUUGCAAUUAAAAUCUAUGUGCAUUAAUGCUACCAUGGAACAAUUUGAAGGUGUAGUGAAGUAUUUUGAAAAGUAUAGGAAUGAAGGGUUUGCAUCAAGUAUGGAUACUGCUAAAACAAUAGCAUGUGAAAUGAGUAUAGAUCCUACAUUUUUAAUUAAGCGUCGUAUUAUUAGGAAAAAACAAUUUGAUGAAAAUAACAAUGAAGAAGAAAUGCAAGCAUCAGAAGAGGAGGCUUUUAGAGUUAAUUAUUUUCUAACCAUUGUGGACAUGGCAAUUUCUUCUUUGAAUAAUAGAUUUGAACAAUUAAAGAAAUUUGAAAGUAUUUUUGGAUUCCUAUUCAAUUCUGAUAAACUAAAGUCAUUGGAUGAAAACGAAUUGAUUAGAUCUUGUGUUCAUUUUGGUGAUACCUUUUAUCAUAAUACUGUGGCGGAUGUGGAUGUAAAUGAUCUUUAUUCUGAAUUAAAGGUGUUGCAGGUGACUUUGCCAAAUAAAUCAAUGACGGCAGCUGAAAUUCUUGAGUUUGUUAAAGUUGUAGAUUGUUACCCUAAUGUUUCGGUUGCUUAUCGAAUUAUGUUGACAGUACAUGUGACCGUAGCAUCUGCGGAAAGGAGUUUUUCAAAAUUGAAGUUAUUGAAGACGUACUUGAGGUCAUCAAUGUCACAAGAAAGGUUAAAUGGAUUGGCAAUAUUGUGCAUUGAAAAAGACAUGCUUGAUAAUAUUGAUUUAGAUGCUAUUAUUGAUGAUUUUGCAUCAAAAAAUGCUCGAAGAAGUUGUUUUGUAUGA